GUAAUCGUGUCCAUCCGCUGCCGACGAAGCGUUACCAGGUGACUCAACCGUUGUAACUCGGUUUCAAAGCAUCGAAAGAAAGGGAAAGUACCCGGGACAUCGAAGCAUGGUAGCUUGCCAUGCUCUCAGUCCGCGGAAAGCAACUGAACGCACGCGAGAAGAAGCGAUCCUCGGCGCCUAUCUAUCUCGCAGUCGCGAAGAUCGCGAUCGAAAUUCGUAUUUGGAGUGACCAGCGUAGCCGGUAAAUCCCUGUGCUGAUCGAAGGGAGAUCGGAGUGUGACUGGGAAAUCGUUGACCUCAGCCGUUUUUCUGCAAGGUGGACAGUGCCAUAUCCAUUAAAGGAUCGUUCUUCGAUGAAUAAUGGAUGAUGAUUUUAAAGACGGCUGAUAAAAUCAAACUGUUGCAACGAGUCGCUGCUUCGACGUUUCUGCAUGCCUGAUUUCUUCGUUCAUCAGGAUUCGCGAUGUUGGAUCCGAUUCUGGGAAUAUCGUCGGUAUGGUGGUUGGUGAUGUACGCCAGUAUUUUGCUGCUGCUCUCCCCUCUGGUGCUGCUUUUCAUCGUUUUCCUGCCGAAUUUCCCGAUACUGCUGCUCAGAAGGAUGUGCUACAUUCCUAUCGAGUCCAUAUGACGAAUUAUUGUGAAAAGAAUUACCGAAGUUCUAACGUUAUUUUAAUAAUAGAAGCCGGGAAAAGGAUCGCGGAGGUUUCUAAAAAUUGUCUAAAAGUACAACCUCAUCGUUAUGCUGCUAUGUAAAUUGCUAUUUAAAUAGUUACGCUUGGUCGAUGGAAACUUCCAUACUUCAUUGCACGAUUCUUACCCGCUGUACCGUUAUGGAGAAUUAUAAAGGCCUCUAACGUCCGUGCAAAAGAAUAGACGAACAAUGGAUAUGGUUUGAAUGGUCAGGCCAAGCGAACAGCUGGAAUAUCUGGUUUUGAUGGCGCCCAUUUUCCAUGUCUGGUUCAAAGUGUAAUCAAAAUCGCAUCAAAUUAACUGUACAGUUAUAAUGAUACCUUUAGUCAUAUAAGUUAUAUCCGAUACAUAGAGUCUAUUUCUUUUUCCUUCAGCUUAAGAAUUUCACGAAAAUCAAACGAUGUUUGCGUCAACCGUAAAUAAAUUAUCUGGCAGGAUAGAAUUUACUCAAGCCAAACAUUCUGACUUGCGCAAACUUCAAAUUUCUAUUCUGCGAUCUAACUGUACGAAUUACGCGAGCGAAUAAACUCGACAAGCGGGAACGGUGUUUCGCAAAACGCGGGUUACGCUCGUUUCCGGCGCGGACAGCUCGACAAUUUUGCGAGAAAUCAGCAGAUUUUUCGAGGUCUGCCCGUUUCUUGCGUCAGCGGGUAUUUUCGAGAGUAAACAUCUCGAAUGUAGAAAUAUCGAGCGUGAUUCUACCGUUGAGUGACAUUACUUGGUCACGAAUCGCGUUGUUCACCGUUCAUUUUUCGUCUCGCGUGUUAUGUAAACCGGCGCACGUCAUUGAACGUUCACCAUUGAUCUUGCUUUUUCUUGUAAUCACCGGACUCGCGAACGAAUUACGCGGCAAUAAAUGGCACCUGCGAAAAAUCUAUCGACGAGAACCACUGUUAAAACCGAAUGAUUGACGCGUGUCACUUCGCUAGGGGCUCAAGUUUUCGUGACCCGUCGUUAUUUUUAAUAACAGAGUAGAAAUGUCGAGGUUAUUUUUUAUAACGGGGAAUGUUAAUUCAGGUGCAAUUUAUUGCUCGUUUGGUAAGCGAGCGAAAUAUUGCACACCUAUUUCCAGCUAUUCUAUUCGUUCUAAGAGAAACAUUCCUGCUCGAACGGGCAUAAUUAGGCGGUCUGUGUAAUUAGCAGACUCCCUUAAUUAUCGCUUCAUUAUUCUUCUUUGAUUUCUUAUGGUUAGAAGAAACAGGCGUUUUCAAUACAAUUUACAAGCUCUUGCAGAGAAAUAAAAUGUAUUGUAUAUCGUGCAGUAAUAUUUGUUUAAAAAGGUUUUUUAAGGGGUACUAAAUGCAUCGCGUAUUACCGAUGAUGCGCUUCACGUUUUGCUUAUCAGUCGGACACGGUGCAUCCUGUGCAUGGUAAAUGCACGUCCUUCUGCAGUUCACCAGGUGAUAUAGGCGGGCCCGAAGUUGAACAUUACAGUAACGAUCGGAGAGUACUUUCGCCAAGUAGCGUUCGUAGUGGGGGAGUUGAGACUUGAACCCUGGGACCUCAUGGGCCAUAUAUACAACGCUUCCAUGCAGCUCUCUUGCUACUUGGUGUCAGCAUCUCGACGAUCCUUGCCGUUGUACGGGAAAGAUACACCGAGUGGAGGACCGAUCAAGUAAAAGAUGAUGUUAUUAAUAUCGUUCAUGAUGAUUGCCCUGGCGAUGGGAGAGCCAGGGUUGCUGAGGGUGCCCAAAGUGUACAACGCGGUCAUCACCAGCAACCAGAAUCUCUCUCCAUCGAGAGCAUUUCCUGUGAUACAACCAAUAAUUCAUCGAACAGCGGUCGGCUACGUGCCACCCUAUUAUUACACCCAAGUGUCGCCUCAAUUCGCUGGACCCGACGUGGUGCACCUUUCUCAGGGUCCCUUGAAACCUGGCAACGAGGGUGACGUUCGAUCGGAACCAUCAGCCACCGUGGAAUCUUCCCAAAUAGCAGGUACGAAGGCAGAAACAGAAACUGAUCAGGGUGGAGAGGAGAACAAAGACAUACCGAGAGGCGGCUCGAAGAACAAGAAAGAAGAAGAACCCCUCAGUUUUUAUCCCAACUACCAGUCGCUCUAUUACGACCCCUAUUUCUACACCUACAACGGUUUCAACCCUCACGUCGUUCCGGGGACUUAUUACGUGGACUACCAACCUUUCGGUACCGUCCAACCGAUCCCUGCCUCCACGCCGAAGAAUGGCCUCUCCCAACACUUGCUCCCCGGUUACCACGAGGAAAAGAAACCCGUUGCAGCAAUGAAGGAGCUGAAGGAGAAGAUACCAGAUGUGCCGCCACCACCCCUUCCGACAGCUGUACCGAAGAGUUCUUGAAACGGUACCCAGGAUGAUUUUCUCUUCCUUCGUUCAGACUGACUUUACGUGGACAUAGUGUGCGAUAAUAAGUGACUGUAAAAAGGAACUAUGAAUUCGAUGUAUGUAAACGUUGUGUAUUUCACGUCAGUAUUCUAUGUACGUCGAUACAUGAUCUCGUUACUAAUUUUACUAUCGUAGAAUCAUCAGAUCAUCCGGCUAAUUGAUCGUUUAGGGUUUAACUCUCUCGCAACGAUCGCCCGUUUUAUCAACAGCCCAGAUUUUUAUAAUGUACGACAGCAAUCCCUGCUGGAAAUCUGUAAUCAAGAGUUGCACGAAGUUAAACGUACCAUCUGCCGCGCGAUCAACGUCGAAUGAUACGGUGGCUCGGGUCAUGUUCAUUGGUAAAGCUCUGAUGCAGGCGAUGCAGAAUGGCCCCUCUACCGAAGUUGUCAAAUUCACUUGGACGGACGUCGAAUUGUGCACGUUCACGUUCAGAUUAUGUUGGUACACUAAGUUUCCCGCGCAAGUACCCCAUUUCAUUGUGUCCUUCUUGUUAUCAUCCUGAGAACAAACAUUUAUCAUCGCUCGAUUGUAAUUUUUAUAUGAAUAAUAAAUUUAAUUCGUCGUCA